AAUAGAAGGGUAGUGGAGGAGGUAGUGGUAAAAACAAUCGCUAAAAAGAUAAAGAUGAUGAAAAUGAAAUAAUUACAAUCAUAAUUCAUAAUUGUGAUAUUGCAUUGUGACCGGUUAUUUGAUUUGAUUCGAUUGGACUGUGAAUUAGCGAAUAAAUAAUUGUUAAUGUUAUCGUAACCAUCUUGCUGCUUGAAUCGAGUUGUGAACUUUUGUACUACGACUGCAAGCUGUUGUGUUAUUCUUCGUGUGGAUUUAUUUUCUCAAUCCGUUGAUCGAUAGUGAUAUUUUACAUGAUAAAUAUGGACGAUUCGUCGAAAAAAUUACAUUUGUUGACAAAAUCGGCAUGCGUUCAACUAGUACACGAAUGGGCUGAGAAACCAUCGCGAUCGGUGGUCGCAACCGAUGAAGCUUGGGCACCGCCUAAUUCGUCGACGAUGGAAUUUCAACAUUUGUCUGCAAAAUCGGUAUGCGUUCAGCUAGUACACGAAUGGGCUGAGAAACCAUCGAUGGCCGUAACCGAAGCUUGGGCACCGAGUAAAGGCUACGGUACUUGCAAGCUUCACGAUUGGUACCUGCAUCACAUGAGUGAAAUGGACUUAUCGAUCGUUCGGGAUGAAAUUCGAUACCAAAUCGAAGACAACAUGGGACUGAUUACAGAGCAGGUCGUGAUCUGGGUUCAGUGUCAUCAUUCGAUAAACUUCUUUCACGAUGAACGAUGGACUGACUUGAGGCAAUACAUCAAGAAACUGGUAUGGAAUCGUGAUUUCGAAAUCGACUACAGAGCUACGGCUAAAAAUAUCCUCACCAAUGAUAAGCUAAGCCCAGUGGCGAGAUUACGAUUCGCUGGUACGUAUUGUAUCUUCGAAGAAAUCAAGGAUAUCUAUAACUCGAUCGACAUCGACUCGAUGCCGUAUUGGGAUUGUAUGGAGGAACCGUUCAUGAAUUAUUGGUGCUGGUAUAUUUUAGCUGAUAAUAAUUCGACGAACGACAAUGACGACGAUGAUGAUGACGAUUACGAUUACGAUGACGAUGACGAUGACGAGGAAGAGGAGGAUUCGCUUCCGGAAUUUAUUCGUAAAAGAAUGAUGAUGUUUAUUAUGAAUUCGGGCAAGAUCGAUUUGUGGCCAGUGAUCGAGUACGUCUUCGAUGUAUUCAAUACAGUGGGAAAAUGGAGCCACUUCGAAUGUAUGGUCGAAGUGUACGGUGAUAAAUACCUGAAAGAUUUAUUGCCCAAAUUGUCGGAUAAAGAAUUGAGGUCGAAGCUCGCACGUUACACCAACGCUAUUUCGACAAUUUUCGAGAAAAUCGUACAGUAUGGUACUUCGAACGAUGCACGUUUCGUUUGGAAACUGUGCUGGAGUGAAAUGAAUUCGGAGGAGUUCUGCCGAGUUUUCGAAAUGCUGACGCUGAAAUCGAUGAAAACCGCGAACGAUUUCGACAAUUGGACCCCGUUGUUGAUGGAAAUUUGGACCAACGCCAUCUCCAGGAGCAGAUUCAGGAAAUCUGCUCUCGACACCGCGCUCUGGCGGAGAAUCGGCGAAAAAUUCAUCGAAUACGCGUUCGAAGAAACUAACUAUAAGACGAAUUUUCGUGCCAGUCGCCAAAUCAGCGAUCCGAUGAAAUUCAUCAGAAUCGUAUUGAGAAGCACCGAAGUCCAGAACAGAAUGACAUUUUUCGAGAAGAAUUUCCAUUGGUUGAUCCUGUGGGCACCUUUUACCGAAGUAGAUAAAUUGAUGCGCGAUUUUCUGGAAUGUUUCAAUCGCGAUGUGGUCAGUUUGAAAGAAAUCAUCGCCAACUCAUCCGAAGUAGAGAGUUCGCUUUGUAAAUUGCUGGGAUAUUGCGAAUUUGACGAAUUCGAAGCGGUGUUAUCGUUUUAUUCGCCCGGCGGUGUCGACAACGUUGUCGAGCACGAUGUGCAAAAUCGUUUGAUGUGCUGUAAACGAAAGUUAAUGGAGUCUUCGAAUGGCGAAUCUCAUCUUUGUGUGUGUAUAUAUUACGGAGAUUGGAGGCCAUUAUACGAGUACGUGAAGAAGAUCUUUUCGCAGGCCCAUAUCACGCCGAAAGCGUUCAUGAUUAAGCUACUGAAGAUGGGCGAAUUGCUGAGUUACAAAAUGGAGAAAUGCGAAAUGAACGACUUGAAGGAAUGCCUGUGCACGGUCAUGUCCCAUACAGACUCGAAAUUAGAAGAUUUUAAGGAACAAUUCAAAGGCAACUUGUUCUGGGCUUUAUUCGAUUACGAAGAUCCGGAAGAAAAAAUAGUCGAUCGAGCUCGCUUGCAAGAUUUUUUGCUAUGGAUUUAUAAUGGCAACGAAGAAUUAAUCGAUGAAAACUUCAAGCAACUGAACCUGCUUCGUCUAGGUUUUUUGGUUCAGUUGAAAUUUUGCAUCGUAGAAGAUUCUUUCCGAGUUACCAACUCUAUGAAGGAGUAUUUAGAGUGGUGUUUUGCGACGGAAGCAGAAAGGAAGCGGUUUAAACGCGAUAUGAUUUAUAAAUUCCGCGAGUAUGAGAUAUUCGAUGAUAUGUUGACACGUAGAACGUAUCGUCGAAGUAUGUUAUUGUGGUUCUUCGACGACGAUCACAGUUUGAUCGAGAAGUUUAUGACUGAGGUUUUCAACGCGUAGUAUUGUUUUUUUCAUUUGGAUUCGGUUUGAUUGGUGAAUCCGUUGUUCAAGAAUUUUUUUUCUUCGUCGAUCUAAAUGAUUAUUUUUUUUAUGAGAUUUUGUUUGUCGUAUUAUUAAAAAUCAUUCCGUGUGCUUUUUUACUCAGUUUUUUUCAUUCGAAAUGUAUUCAUAAGUAGUUAUUAUACUUGAGUACACUUUGUGAUGUUUGUAAUUCAUUUACGCUUGCAUUUAGAUAUAAUAAUUAUGUACUAAUUGUUUUUUCAAUAAUUAUUAUUAUUCUUAAAUACCCUAGAAAGGUACCAUAAGUACACUUUUCAAUUUUCGAUGAUACCUAAGCCUUUAUUCAAAAAUUUAUACUCGUGUUUGCUUUUUCAAUAAUCAUUGUUUUGUUUUGAAAUACACGAUUUUUUUGGUACUUGAAAAA